GCCAGUUGGCUGGCGCUCUCAUGCCAACGCGGUCGCGAGGCAAAUUGGUAUUUCUAAUUUUCUAUUUUCCGCGCAUUUGAAAAGUAAACAACUGUGAAUGAUAUAGUUCCAGCCAGUGAUCUUGUGUGAAUGUGAUACAAAGAUCGAAGUGCUGCAUUAUCUGUAGGUAUAAAAAGGAGACGUGAAAGUUAACACAAUGCAUAUAGUAAAUGGUGUAGAUAGUCAGAAUAAGUAUUUAAAUGGACCAGAGCAGGUAGUGCCUGUAGAUGAUUACAUAACAUGGAAGCCAGACGGCCGCGUCAAGUUGCGUAUGGGUAGCAGGGGAGUAGCAUCAGAACCGCCUAUUUCCGUACCAGGUCUGCUUAGCAGAACUGUAGCUAGGUACCCCGACGAAACGGCUUUGUGCACGAAACGAAAUGGGAAAUGGGAAAAACUUACAUAUAGGCAAUACCAAGAAAAAGUCCGGACGAUCGCAAAAGCCUUUUUAAAGUUAGGCUUAGAGAGAUACCACUCAGUUUGUAUCCUUGGUUUUAAUUCUGAAGAAUGGUACAUAUCGGAUUUGGCCGCCAUUCAUGCUGGAGGCUACGCAGCAGGUAUCUACACAACAAAUUCAGCUGAGGCAUGUUUCCACUGCUUGGAGUCCUCAAGGGCGAAUAUAUGUGCCGUCCAGGACAAAAAACAAUUAGACAAGAUAUUGUCCAUUCGCAGUAGACUUCCGCAUCUGAAGGCGCUAAUACAAUGGGAAGGAGAAGUUGAUACCUCUAUACCCGGAGUUUACAAUUGGAAACAACUCAUAGAAAUGGGUGCCAAGGAGCCAGACACGCAGCUAGACAACGUGCUCAAGACUAUUGCUGUAAACGAGUGCUGUACCCUUGUUUACACUUCUGGAACAGUUAGUCAACCAAAAGCUGUGAUGUUAUCACACGACAACUUAACAUGGGAUGCUCAUACUUGCACACUGCGAGUAAAUAACGUCCAACCAGCAGUUGACAGAAUCAUCUCGUAUCUACCUUUAAGCCAUGUUGCUGCACAGGUGAUAGAUAUUUACAUAACAUUAGGGAGUGCCGUUGCAGUAUACUUCGCGCAACCUGACGCACUGAAGGGCAGCUUGUUGGAAACUCUCAAGGAAAUUAGACCUACGAAGUUUAUGGGAGUACCGAGAAUUUGGGAGAAAAUGUAUGAAAGAAUAGUAGCUGUGGGGUCAUCUAGAGGUGCAUUGACCAAGCGCAUAGCAUCGUGGGCGAAAGACCAAGGCUCGAAACAUCAUCUAGCUAGGAUUAAUGGUGCCUUCUCUGCUGAUAUGAUGGGCCUACCACAAGACUUUUCUAUAAAGGAAAUGUUACAUUAUUGGCAAGAAGGCACUACUUGCGGCUACAAACUAGCGAAAUCGCUGGUAUUCGAUAAAGUGAAGGAGACACUGGGCUUGGACCGUUGUGAUGUGUUUGUGACUGCAGCGGCUCCUCUUUCACCUGAUAUAAAGAAGUUCUUCCUCUCUUUGGAUAUUCCUCUUAUGGACGCGUUUGGUAUGAGUGAGGCGGCUGGGGCGCAUUCCCUGAGUAGUUAUCCCAGAUUCAAAUCAGACAGCGCGGGAGAACUCCUCGAAGGAACGGAAACCACCUUCGACGGUGCUGACAGCCUUAAUGGACCUGGAGAGAUCCUGAUCAGAGGUCGUCAUGUCUUCAUGGGCUACCUCAAUAGUGAGGAGAUGACGCGAGCUGCCUUCAACAAAGAUGGAUGGCUCAUGACUGGUGAUGUAGGGCGGGUAGAUAGCCAGAACUUGCUCUAUAUCACUGGUAGGAUAAAGGAAAUCCUAAUAACAGCUGGUGGUGAGAAUAUAGCGCCCGUUCUCAUAGAACAAACGGUACAAGCUGAACUACCGCACAUAGGAUAUGCCGUGCUAAUUGGAGACAGGAGGAAGUUCCUCUCCAUACUACUGACACUUAAGUCCAAAGUUGAUCCCAACACCGGCGAUGUCCUGGACGAGUUGGACAAUGAAACCAGGAAAUGGGUCGCCGGACUCGGAAGUAAAGCUACUACCGUCAGCGAAAUUGUCAAGUCUAAAGAUCCUGUUGUAUACAAAGCUAUAGAGGAAGGAAUAACUAAAGCGAACAAGCACGCGAUAUCAAACGCACAGAAAAUACAGAAGUUCGCGUUGCUACCAGUCGACCUAUCCUUGAACUCCGGCGAAUUAGGUCCAACGCUAAAAAUCAAGAGAAACGUAGUGUACGAGAAAUACAAAGACAUCAUAGAAAACUUCUACAAAGAUUGAUUAGGUUAUGUAUAAAAGUUUAUAAUUAAAAUUGCGUUAUCAUCGCCAUCUUAAAAAUAAUAUAUUCCAAAGUAUGUA